ACGUUGGCUACCUUAUUGGUACAGCAGAGAUCAAGAAUUACAGUGGCCUGCAUCCUGGACCUGUGUUAGAGCAACACUGUUGGACUAAGAUCACUGGUGUUGUAAGCCAAGUAUUUGGAAAACAUCCAGGUCUGGAUACCAGUGUUGUGUACCAGUGGGAAUCUGGAAUGAGAAGUCUUGGGGACACACAUUUAGCCUUGGAAUCUAAUCCAUCUGAUCAUCCCAGAGCAAGCACAAUUUUCCUGAGCAAGUCUCAAACAGAUGUGCGAGAGAAGAGGAAGAGUAACCACAUCAAUCAUGUUUCUCCUGGGCAGCUCACGAAAAAGUACAGCUCAUGCUCAACAAUAUUUAUAGAUGACAGCACUGUCAGUCAACCUAACCUUAGAAGCACAAUAAAAUGUGUAACAUUAGCAAUAUUCUACCAUAUAAAGAACAGGGAUUCUGACAGAUCAUUGGAUAUUUUUGAUGAAAAAUCUCAUCCUCUCACACGGGAAGAAGUUCCAGAUGACUACUACAAGCAUGACCCUGAUCACAAGCACAUCUACCGAUUUGUUCGGACGCUUUUCAGUGCUGCACAGCUGACAGCUGAAUGUGCAAUAGUGACACUGGUUUAUUUGGAAAGGCUUUUAACCUAUGCAGAGAUUGACAUAUGCCCUAGUAACUGGAAGAGGAUAGUCCUAGGAGCUAUUCUGCUGGCUUCUAAAGUCUGGGAUGAUCAGGCUGUGUGGAAUGUGGAUUAUUGCCAAAUAUUGAAGGACAUUACUGUUGAAGACAUGAACGAGAUGGAAAGACACUUCUUGGAGCUACUGCAGUUUAAUAUCAAUGUUCCUGCCAGUGUUUACGCCAAAUACUACUUCGAUCUUCGCUCCCUAGCAGAUGACAAUAACCUGAGCUUUCUGCUGGAGCCUCUCAGUAAAGAGAGAGCACAGAAACUGGAGGCUAUCUCCCGGCUGUGUGAAGACAAAUACAAAGACUUGUCAAAAGCUGCUAUGAGACGAUCUUUCAGUGCUGAUAACUUAGUUGGUAUCCGCCGUUCUAAUGCCAUCCUCUCCUGAGGAGAGAGAAAGGUGCAGCACCAUGAACCAGCAUCCCUACGAACCGGAGGAAUACCACCGCUCCAUGCACACGAGCCAGCAGUGAUGGUGUCUUCCAGCAAGAGGAGAGGAGGGUAAACUAGCCAAGGGAGCCCAGAGCCUGAGGAGCAUACUUGGUGCAAAAGACAAGAGCUUUGUCAAAUCAGCUCUGUCCUCUUUCUAAUGUAUCCAGAGGUGCAAAAACAAGCUUCUUUCCUUCUCUCCUCCACAGAUGUUUGCUUACUGUGUAGGCCUAUAGCUGUGAACUCUUGAGGUUUUUAAUAAUAAGUAGUUUUAAAUUUUAGAAUUUAAACACUAACCACAUGACUAUAGUUACAAGGUUCUUCCCUCCUCUCCCCUGUCAUCCAGAGUCUCGCUGCAUUUGUAUUUCGGGUGGAUGCAGCGUUAACAAAAACAAAACAAAACAAAACAUGGGACUCUUAAAGUAUAAAGCCACUCUGGAGCUGAAAACAGUAGCAUAGACACGUGUUGAUGGCUUUUCCCUGGUUUGGCUACUAAAAGCUGCUACUAUUGGUGAUCUCUUCAUAACCAAGAAGCUGCCCAGCAGGAAGGAAUUCCAGCUCUGCACCCCCAACUUCACUCCAGUAGAGAUUGUCAAAAGACUUUGAAUGUUUUGACUGGGGGCAGAGAUACGGUUUUAUGUAUUGUUAAAAUGUAUAGGGUCCAUGCUGCAUUUCUUGUGAAUUAUGGUGCUUCUCUCAUUUUCUGAUACUUACAUUGCUUUGGAAGAGACGCAAUCUGUAUAUUUUUGAGGCAUUGAAUGAGAAGGUUGGUCUGGAAACAUCAUCACCAUCCCCAACAGUGUAGCAAUCCAGUGGUGAAUGGCAUGUGUGCAGCACUGCUUCUCUGAGUUCUACUGCAGGUCUCUUGUGCUAUAUACAGUGGAGUUCCUAAAGCUGAUAUUGUGCAUCCCUCUGGCUCUCCCUGGGUUUUUGUUUCCUGGGAAGGAUUUACAUUCAUAAUGAAACAGUAAUGAGUUUGAGAAUCCUGGACUACCUAACAAGGUAGAUU